UAAGGUUGCAAUGUUUCCGUUGCAGUAAAUAAUUUUAUUUGAGAUAACAAGACGCUGUUCUUGUUAAAUACGAUAUAGAGCGAAUAAGGUAACUGAAAAAACUUACUUCUUAACUUGGAAAAAUAAUUAUGAAGUGGAGGAAAAAAGUGUUUUUUAUAACAUUUAUCGCCAUUAAUUUAGUUGAUGAACCAGCUCUGGAAGUGACAAUCGAACAAGGAACUUUAAUCGGGAAAACUAGUAGUGAUCGAUCAUAUUUUGAAUACCUUGGCAUACCUUAUGCAAAUGUAAACAGUAGCACGCGGUUUAGGGCUCCGGGACCACCUCCAUUUUGGGAAGGCACAUACAGGGCUGUGGAAGAACCACCAUCAUGUCCGCAGAAUAUUUUUAUUGGAAUAAUCGGAAAUGAAGAUUGUUUAAGACUUAAUGUUUACGUUCCCGCGUCAGCUAAACAACCAUUCCCAGUAUUAGUUUAUAUCCACGGAGGCGCUUUUAAUUUUGGAAGUGGCGGUAAAAAUAUCUAUGGUCCUAAUUUUUUGGUUCAAAAAGAAGUUAUUGUGGUGACUUUUAACUAUCGCGUUGGAAUACUGGGUUUUCUAUGUUUGAGAAUAAAGGAGGCGCCUGGAAAUGCUGGAAUAAAGGAUCAGAUAGCAGCUUUAAAAUGGGUUAAAGAAAAUAUUGCAGCAUUCGGAGGAGAUCCAGAUAAUAUAACAAUUUUUGGAGGAAGUUCUGGAGCUGCAUCAGUUUCCCUUAUUUUGAAUAGUAAAAGUGCAACUGGACUUUUUAAAAGGGCAAUCAUACAAAGCGGCUCUUCAUUAGCCCCCUGGGCAAUAGAUAGAAAUCCUCUUGAAACAGCUCGUCUCCUAGCACAAUCUGCUGGCUACAAUACAGAAGAUCCGAUGGAAUUGUAUAGGAUAUUUUCUAAUAUGACUAACCAAGAAUUAGUUACCUUGCAUAUAAAAAAAAAAUUGCAAAAUUUUUUUGAAACCAGCCUUUUUUACUUACCUUGUGUUGAGUCUAAUAUACCAGGCGUGGAACCUGUUAUUACUGAUAUGCCUAUAAACCUUAUAAAAACUAAGCCUUACAAUAUAGACGUAAUGUAUGGGUUAACAAGUAAGGAAGGCUUGUUUUUAAUAGGUAGUGAAACAAUUGACUCGAAUCUCGAACAAAGGAAGGGAGGUAGUUUGUUUGCUGGUGAUCUACAAUUUCAUUCUGAAGAUGAGGAAUUUAUGAUCUCGAAACAAGUAAAAAAUAUAUAUUUUGAUGAGAAAGACUUUAGUAUAAAAGAAAUAGCAACUAUAUCUGACAUUUUUGGACAUUUAUAUUUUGAUAUUCCUGUAAUAUUAGAAAGUGAAUACCUGUUGAAUACAAGUCAAUCAAAAGUGUUUAACUAUCUCUUUAAAUAUUCUGGCCAAAGAAAUUUUUUAAAAUUUAUUAAUGGAUUCAUAGGUGAAACCGGGGCUUGUCAUGGUGACGAUAUUUUCUAUUUGUUUCAUGGGUCUCUUUUACCUCCACUUUUUACUAAAGAAGAUAAAAAAGUAGUUAAUUUCAUGACAACACUGUGGACUAACUUUGCAAAACAUGGAAAUCCUACGCCUGAUCCUAAAGAAUUUGGAGUAAAAUGGGAGUCAAGCAAAAAAGAUAAUAUGAAGUUUUUGCACAUCGACCACGAACUGAAAAUGGGAUCCAUACCCAACGAAAAAACUUACCGAUUUUGGCGAGAUAUCUAUGAUAAAUACAGAAUUAAACAUUAGUAGCAAUCGAAUUUAAAGCGAAUAAGAGAAAGAAUAUUCUGUUGUACAACAAAUAUUCUUUAUUUACAUUGUUAAGUAUGUCAUAAAUAAUAAUUUGGUAUACGAAUGGAAUGAUAUGUUAUUUAUAAAAGUAGUAUUUGUUUUGUUACCAAAAUGUUAUUAUUAUUUCUAUAAUCUAUAUUAUGUGUAUAUAUAUAAAAAGUUCAUAAUAUUAUGAUCAUAAAAAAAAAUUAUGGGUCAUAAUCUAAAAACUUAUUACAUUAUAUCGAAUUAUUUAUAUGAUUAUUGUUUUCAAGUACUUUGCAUAUCUAAUUGAAUGUAACCCCUCACAGAUGUAAAAAAAAGGGUGGCACUAGGAGACUGUCGCGGUAAAGCAAUUGCAUAGCAUUUUUUAUCAACUUAUGCAAUUAUAAUUAUUUAUGUAUUUUAUUUAUGCAGUACUUUUUUUCUUUGUUCUUUUUUUUCUUUGAUGUUUCUAUGAUAUUAAUUCAAGUUACACUUUGAGCGUGGUGACCGAUAUUUUUUUUCUUUUAUUAAAUAAAUGUGAAGUUAAUAUUGUUCAAAAACAAAUCUAAAAUAAACCAACAUGAAUACAAAAUCUUAAAAAGUAAAAUAUCGAAAUAAAAUGAAAAAUUGCCACUUGAUAAGGUCUAACUAGUUGCGGGCUUGAACUUACUCGUGGACGAAGACAAAAAGCACCUAGGGUUGUGUGUGAAAGAGAUAGAAUCAGUUGUGAGCAGUUAGCAGCUAGUUAACCUUUAUACGUAUAGUCGCACGCACACAUACACCGUUCCGAAGUUUGCCGAACUGAAACGACGUUCGACGAUAGGUGUUAGGAAUUUUCGUUACGAAAUUUCUGAAUUCGGUCUCCGGGCUCAAAACCCGCGAUAGAAGCUAUGCAAUAGCUUAAAAAAUAAUAAAUGUACUUCAAUUUUAACUGUAUAAAAAUUUAUAACAGAGAAGUCUAGAGAUGCUACCAAUGGGUACAAAUAGCGAAUAAGUGCAUAAAGAGGUCAAUGACAACAGCAUAAAUAUAUUGCUAUUACAAAACAACACAUUGGAUUUUAAUAUUUAUAAUUAGAAUAACAAGUUAGAAAGAGUAUGUCUGAAGUUAUGGCUAACGAAUUUUUAUUUUAACAUCCAUGUCUGCCUGUAUUACAGUUCUAAACGAAAAAAAAUAUUUCUAAUCUCAACUUUAUGCUAAUACAUGACACUUCACAUAUAUAUUGUUCCAGUUUUAACAAUAGUUGUAUAGAAUAGUUAUAUCUUAUUAAUUACAUUAAAAGGUUAAAAGGUUAUUACUUAGGUUAAAAGCCGCCUCUGAUACGAGAGGGCGCGGGUUCGAAACCUGUCAAGUACCAAUGUGAUCUUUUCCGAAUCAUAUGUAUUUUCUAAGAGUAUUUAGACACCACUGACGGACGGUGAAGGAAAACAUCGUGAGGCAACCUGAUCUUAUAAUUUAAAAUUAUAAGAUUGAAAUCGCCAACCCGUCUUAAGCAAGCGUAGAGAUUAAUGCUCUAACCUUCUCCAUGUGAGAAGAGGCCUUUGCUCAGCAGUGGACUGAUGAUGAUUAAUUACAUAUGUACAUAAGAUUCUUUGAAGAAGAAGUUUAUAUGAGAUAUUAGUAAAGACAUCACAUAUAACUUUCCUAGAUUCAAGCACAAAUAGUGAUAAAGGAGAAAAUUUUAGUUAAUUGUUCAGGUAGAAACAAAACUAAUUUCUACUUUUCUUGCAUAAGCUUACAAGUUCUCAUUUAAAAGAACAUAAUUGUUGCAAUAUUAACUCUCAUGUUCAAGCGAGACGUCCAAAUGAAAGGAUGUUUGGAUAUUUUUAUUAAACAAAAAGUAAACAGUACGUGCUUAAGUGGUCUGGAUGUUGCACUAGUGUAUUUACUAACAAUUCCUUGUACGCAAUUUCAAGCUAACUCCUGCAUCUCGAUCACCAAUCCAUCG